AUGGGACAAAUUAUUUAUAAUGAACAAAAAGCAAGCGAGAUAUUAGAUUUGUUAGUUGCAUCAGAUGAAUUAUUAUUGGAUGAAUUAAUUGAGCAUUUUCAAGAGUAUCUUAUAGAAAAACAUGAUAAUUGGUUAAAGAAUAAUGCGAUUAAUGUGCUUCAUACAAGUUAUUAUCAUGAAUCAUGUGAAAAAUUAUACAAGACAUGUAUGAAUAUGGUUUGUCUUAAUCCACAAAGAGUAUUUGAAUCAAAAAAUUUUCCAUUAAUUGAACAACAUAUUUUAUCCUCAAUACUUAAAAGAGAUGACCUAUCUUUAAAUGAAUUCGAGAUCUGGAAUCAUAUUAUAAAUUGGGGAAUUCAUAAUAAUGAUGACUUGGACGAAUGUGGGAAUGUUCAUGAAUGGUCUGAUAAAGAUUUUAAAUUAUUAGGAGAAACUUUAAAAGAAUUGAUCCCUUUUAUAAGAUUUUCUAAUAUGAAAUAUAAAGAGUUUCAUGAUUAUGUCAUACCAUAUAAAAAAAUCCUAUCAGGUUCCCUUUUAACAGAUUUGGAAAAAAAAUUAGAUCCCAUGACAACAAAUAGGACUUCAAAUGGACCAACUAGAAUUUUGCUAUCAAGGAAAAUAGAUUCCAUAAUAAUUAGAUAUGAUAAUGCAUUAAAGAUUGAAACUUGGAUGAGUAGAUCAGAUGGUAGAAUAUCUGAAACCACCAUACUUAAAUAUCAAUGGAAAUUAUUAUUUAGGGCAAGUCUCAAUGGUUAUACAGCAAAAGCUUUUCAUGAUAAAUGUGACAAUAAAGGUAGUUGCGUUGUUGUUGUUAAGAUUAAAGGUCAAGAUCUUGUUAUUGGUGGUUAUAAUCCUUUAGGUUGGUUAGAAAAAGAAGAUUAUUGCGUUGAUGCUAAAGGAAGUUUUAUUUAUUACUUUGAAAACUUAUCUAAUGCUAAAAUCAGCAGGGUUAAAACUGAUAUGUUUUAUGCUAUACCUCAACAUAAAUUUUGUGGUCCGGAAUUUGGUAUGAUUGACUUUUCUAUUGUGGAUUGUUGUAAUGAAUUUAAAAAUAAUUCUUGUAAUCCUAGUAGUAAAUAUGAGAGUACUUUUACUAUUGGUGAUUUUUGUGUAGAAGAUUAUGAAGUUUUUCAAAUUUUAAACAAAUGA